UGCCAGAUGUACGAGAAAUCUCGUACCUUUACGAGAUUUAGCAGUCUCUGUACGAGAAACGAGAAAAAAAUAAUCUCGUACACUUUUUUACGAGAUUUUAACAAUAUUUCUAAUACUAACCAAAAACAUUUAAAGAAAAGAUUACAUGUCUAUGCCACAAACUCGACUAAGCACAUCACUAGAUUCAUUACCUCAUCACUAAAUGUUUCUUUAGUCGCUGACCGGGGAAUCUGAAUCACCGCAAAAUACAAAAACUACUACAAAAUACUAAAUACUAACACUAAGUUGAUAUUAAAGUUUAUGCGUAUAGUGGUUGAAGGUCCAGCGCGUUAUAGAAUUUCACAGUGGUUAAUUUAUUAAUAACAUAAUGAGUAGUGACAGUGAAUCUUCAUCCACUCCACCUAGAAAAAUAAAAAAAAAGGGAGGAUGGACAUCAAAGAAAGAAGGUAACACGAUUUUUCAACAUCAUUCACAAACUUUUCGCAAUGAAUGGUUAAAGAAUCCCAUAUUUCGAGACUGGCUGCAGCCAGAUCUUAAAAAUCCCAAGAAAGCGAAGUGUGCAUAUUGUCCAUCAAGCUCUCUGGUUGCUGAAAUCACAAAUCUCAAAUCACAUGCCGAAUCAAAGAAACAUUUAAGAAACAAACCUGGUUCAUCGGGUUUACAAUCCCAAAAAUUGACUUCAUUUGGAUUCAAGACAGGCAUAACUCAAAUAAACAAACAAAAAGAUCGAGCUGAAAUAAAACUAGCUGCAUUUUUUGCAGAACACAAUAUUGCUUUUUCUGUGGCUGACCAUUUGACUGAUUUGUUAAAAGAAAUUAUUCCCGAUUCUACAUUAGUGCAAGAAAUUCAAUUGAAGCGUACUAAAAUAACAGCAGUUGUAAAAAAUGCUAUUGGGGAAGGGCACAAAGUUGAUUUAGCAAAUAAAUUGAAAUUAACUAAGUUUUCGGCGCUUACUGAUGAGACUACAGAUGUAUCUACAGUCAAAACGGCUUGUGUUGUAGUGCGUUAUUUUGACCAUGAUGCUCAGAAAAUCUGCAGCGCAUUCUGGGAACUGUACAAGAUUUUUAAGGAAACAGACACCAAUGAUAUUCCUACGGCGAAUGCUGAAAAUCUAUACAGAGCGCUUAUAGAUUCUUUUACCAGCCGUAAUGUGCCACUUACAAAUAUGAUUGGCUUCGGGUCGGACGGAUGUAACGUCAUGAUGGGCGAUAAUGAUUCAGUCAAAACUCGUUUGACACGAGACUUACCAGGGAUCGUUAUUUCAAAAUGUGUUUGCCAUUCAGCCCACUUAUGUGCAAGUCAGGCUUGUAAAGAAAUUCCGGAAUCUGUAGAACAACUGGCUCGUGACAUAUAUAAUUUUUUUAAAAAUAGUGACAAACGCCAGUUUGAUUUUCGUAAUUUUCAAUCCUUUGUUGAAGUUGAGCCGCAUAAAAUAUUGAAACCAUCUCAAACAAGGUGGCUAUCCCUAACAGCAGUAGUCUCACGAAUCUUGGAGCAAUGGGAAGCACUGCGCUUAUUUUUUAUUGAUUUCACUACGAACCCAAUACACAAAGUGAAAGCAGAGGUGAAAAAUCGAGCAAUAUUCAUCUUAGAAAAGCUAUGUGAUCCUUUUCAUAAGCUAUACUUUUGUUUUCUAGACUGGUCACUGCCUUUGUUUACCAAAUUUAAUUUGGAAUUCCAGAAUGAAAAAGUCGUUAUUCACAAGUUGCAUGAUAAAAUUCGAGAUUUUUAUCAAGAAAUUCUUCUGCGUUACUUACAACGCGAAUAUGUUAUGCGGCAGAAUAUUAGUGACGUAGAUCCUAAUAAUGAGCAAUUUCUAUUGAAUGACGCCGUAAUGUAUCUUGGCAUUAAAGUAUAUGAAAUGCUUAAACAUCCGGAUGUGGUCAGGCAACCCGCAAAAAAGGCACUGUUUUUCACAAGUUGCAGAAAUUUCCUCAGGACUAGUGCCUUAGAAAUAAAAAAACGUUACGACAUGGAAGACCCUGUGCUGUCAAAACUACAAGCUCUAGGACCUGUAUCAGCUCUCUCCAACAAUUUCAGAGAUCUCGUCCCAACAUUGAUGCCCCUAAUGGAAGUCGUGCCACGCAUAAGUGCGUCUUUUAAUGACAGCCAAAAACAAGAGAUAGACGAUCAAUGGAGAAGAUUGCCUAUUGCAAAAGCUCGCUACCCUGAACAGCUUCAAGAUACAAAAGAACCCGAUGAAUUCUGGGCAAUGUUAGUUAAAAAUGAUCAUUUCUCUGAAUUAGCCAGUUUUGCUCUCGCAGUUCUGUCUUUGCCUCAUGCAAAUGCAGAUUGUAACAUCUCGACAUAUACUGCGUAG